GACACGGCCAGAACACUGAGAGAUAUCAGGUCUUGAUGUAACUGGAGUGAAUAAGGGAACCUUCUUCCUGAGCACAGACAUUGGAGCUUGUUAUCAGCAUGAACUCAUAUUGGUUAGACAAACGCGUGAAUAGUUCAUAUCCAUCCUUCACUAUAGAAAGCAUCAGAAUGAUUCCGCAAACUACAAAAAUCUUAGACACCAAUGACUAUUCACAAAAGAUAUUAACAGACAAUGGUGAAUUGGCAGGAACUGGGCAGCAAUCAUUAUGUACAGAGAAUAAUUUAGUUAUCAAACAAGAGGACAAGAUGUAUGACUUAUCUAGUGAAAUGAUUAUCCCAUAUGAUAAACCACACAUAUUUACUGAGUUUUCAAAACAUAUUAAAGAAGGGAAAAGUCUACAGUCUAACCAAAGGAUUCAUACAAAGGCGAAACCUUUCAAAUGUACAGAAUGUGAGAAAAGCUUUAGAUGGAAGUCUCAUCUACUAGAACACCACAAAAUUCACACAGGUGAGAAACCACACAAAUGUACAGAGUGUGGAAAAAGUUUUACACAAAUGUAUCAUCUGAAAAACCAUGAAAGGAUUCACACAGGAGAAAAGCCUUUCACAUGUACAGAGUGUGGAAAAAGUUUUACACAAAAGAUUGAGCUGAAAACUCAUGAAAGGAGUCACACAGGAGAAAAGCCUUUCACAUGUACAGAGUGUGGAAAAUGUUUUACACUAAAGAGUUAUCUGAAAACUCAUGAAAGGAGUCACACAGGAGAAAAGCCUUUCACAUGUACAGAGUGUGGAAAAGGUUUUAUACGAAAGUGUGAUCUGAAUACUCAUGAAAGGAUUCACACAGGAGAAAAGCCAUUCACAUGUACAGAGUGUGGGAAAGGUUUUAUACGAAAGUGUGAUCUGAAUACUCAUGAAAGGAUUCACACAGGAGAACAGCCAUUCACAUGUACAGAGUGUGGAAAAAGUUUUACAAAAAUAAAUCGUCUGAAAUAUCAUGAAAGUAUUCACACAGGAGAAAAGCCUUUCACAUGUACAGAGUGUGGAAAAUGUUUUACAGACAAGAGUCAUCUGAAAAAGCAUGAAAGGAUUCACACAGGAGAAAAGCCUUUCACAUGUACAGAGUGUGGAAAACGUUUUACAGAAAAGGGUAGUCUGAAAAAGCAUGAAAGGAUUCACACAGGAGAAAAACCUUUCACAUGUAAAGAGUGUGGGAAAGGUUUUAUACAAAAGCGUGGUCUGAAUACUCAUGAAAGGAUUCACACAGGAGAAAAGCCAUUCACGUGUACAGAGUGUGGAAAACGUUUUACACAAAUGAUUAAUCUGAAAACUCAUGAAAGGAUUCACACAGGAGAAAAACCUUUCACAUGUACAGAGUGUGGAAAAAGUUUUACACAAAUAAAUAGUCUGAAAAGUCAUGAAAGGUAUCACACAGGAGAAAAGCCUUUCACAUGUACAGAGUGUGGAAAAUGUUUUACAGAAAAGAGUCAUCUGAAAAAGCAUGAAAGGAUUCACACAGGAGAAAAACCUUUCACAUGUAAAGAGUGUGGGAAAGGUUUUAUACAAAAGCAUGAUCUGAAUACUCAUGAAAUGAUUCACACAGUAGAAAAACCUUUCACAUGUUUGGAAAAAUGGAAAGAAGGUUUUUAUUGAAAUCAGGAAUCACAAAACAAUUUACUUUAUAUACACUGUGUACAAACCUUUGUACAAUUAUCCUAAAGAGGACAAACUCUCUAAAUAGAAGCAUCAAAAAGUUUCCUAUUGUAAAUGAUACUUUCUAAAUUCCAGUUAUAAAAGACCCAGAUUGGAAGUGCUCUUCUGCUGUCCUUUGUUCCUCUAUAUAUGUGGACCUCAGUUUCUCUCAUAUCAAUGUGAUAGAAUCCAAACACCACACAGGAAUAUACAGAUCUGUCCUCAUACUGACCAGUUUACACAACCAUUCACCACCAAAGCACCAACAGUGUUGUUUAUUAAUAUGCCAGUGUUAGGAGUUUUUCGUUUGUUUUACAUAGGGCAGAAAAUAAUUACAUUUACAGAAUAAAGAGUCUUUAUAUGAAUAGAGUGUUAGAGAAUUAUAUAAACAAGAACAUCAGUCUCAAAUGAUUGACAUCUGGGAGAUAUAUUUAAUGUGCACAUCUUGUGGAUAAACCUUUUCUUAUAGCAAUAGAUGCUUAGCAUUGUACAUGUUAUAUACCAGAGGAAUUAUUAAGGGGAAACUGAUUGUAUUUCAUGAAACACAAUAUCAGUAUCCGGUACAUAUGUGAUCAUAAUCAGUUUAAUUUAAAUGGCUACUAUAACCUACAUGUAUACUGGGUAUGCAAUAUGUGUAGAAAGUCCAAAUUGUACCAGCACUCCAGCGUAUAAAAGUAUAUAUAUUGCAAGUCACCCAUGGGCCACUGUCCCAAGCCCUAGAUAUAAUUAGUGAUGUUGAGAAUAGUUCACCGGCGAAUAGUUCCCGGUGAACAUAGCUUGUUCGCGUUUCGCCACGGCGGGCGAACAUAUGCGAUGUUCGAUCCGCCUCCUAUUCAUCAUCAUUGAGUAAACUUUGACCCUGUAUCUCACAGUCUGCAGACACAUUUCAGCCAAUCAGCAGCAGACACUCCCUCCCAGCUCCUGGACAGCAGCCAUUUUAGAUUCAUUAUGAUCCUGCAUUCUUAGUGAGAGGAGGGAUAGUGUAGCUGCUGCUGAUUUUAUAGGGAAAUUCAUAGCUAGGCUAGUGUAUUCAGUGUCCACUACAGUCCUGAAGGACUCAUCUGAUCUCUGCUGUAAGGACAGCACCUCAAAAAGCCUUUUUUAGGGCUAGAACAUCUUUUUUUUUUUUUGCCUGUGUAAUUUUGACUGUGAAACAUCAGUCUGCUAGAGUAAUCUAAUUGCAGUUGCCUGCCUGCCUGCCAGCGUGUGUGCCAGGCCCACUUGCCAACUAGUGCCACCAAUCAUAUUUGUUAUAACAGUAGUGUAAAUAUUUAAAAAAAAAACUUUUUUGACUGUGAAACAUCAGUCUGCUAUGCAGUUGCCUGCCUGCCUGCCAGUGUGUGUGCCAGGCCCACUUGCCAACUAGUGCCACCACUCAGAGUCAUUUGUUGUAACAGUAGUGUAAAUAUUUUUUUUAAAAAACUUUUUUGACUGUGAAACAUCAGUCUGCUAGUGUAAUCUAAUUGCAGUUACCUGCCUGCCUGCCAGCGUGUGUGCCAGGCCCACUUGCCAACUAGUGCCACCAAUCAUAUUUGUUAUAACAGUAGUGUAAAUAUUAAAAAAAAAAUUGACUGUGAAACAUCAGUUUGCUAGUGUAAUCUAAUUGCAGUUGCCUGCCUGCCAGCGUGUGUGCCAGGCCCACUUGCCAAGUAGUGCCACCAAUCAUAUUUGUUAUAACAGUAGUGUAAAUAUUUAAAAAAAAAAACUUUUUUGACUGUGAAACAUCAGUUUGCUAGUGUAAUCUAAUUGCAGUUGCCUGCCUGCCAGCAUGUGUGCCAGGCCCACUUGCCAACUAGUGCCACCAAUCAUAUUUGUUAUAACAGUAGUGUAAAUAUUUAAAAAAAAAAAAAAAAUUUGACUGUGAAACAUCAGUCUGCUAGUGUAAUCUAAUUGCAGUUGCCUGCCUGCCAGCAUGUGUGCCAGGCCCACUUGCCAAGUUAGUGCCACCACUCAUAUUUGUUGUAACAGUAGCGUAAAUAUAUUUUUAAAAAAACUUUUUUGACUGUGAAACAUCAGUCUGCUAGUGUAAUCUAAUUGCAGUUGCCUGCCUGCCAGCGUGUGUGCCAGGCCCACUUGCCAACUAUUGUCACCAAUCAUAUUUGUUAUAACAGUAGUGUAAAUAUUUAAAAAAAAACUUUUUUGACUGUGAAACAUCAGUCUGCUAGUGUAAUCUUAUUGCAGUUGCCUGCCUGCCAGCGUGUGUGCCAGGCCCAGUUGCCAACUAGUGCCACCAAUUAUAUUUGUUAUAACAGUAGUGUAAAUAUUAAAAAAACAAACUUUUUUGACUGUGAAACAUCAGUCUGCUAGUGUAAUCUAAUUGCAGUUGCCUGCCUGCCAGCAUGUGUGCCAGGCCCUCUUGCCAACUAGUGCCACCACUCAGAGUCAUUUGUUGUAACAGUAGUGUAAAUAUUUAAAAAAAACUCCUUUUUGACUGUGAAACAUCAGUCUGCUAGUGUAAUCUAAUUGCAGUUGCCUGCCUGCCAGAAUGUGUGUCAGGCCCACUUGCCAAGUUAGUGCCACCACUCAUAUUUGUUGUAACAGUAGUGUAAAUAUUUUAAAAAAAUAAUUUUUUGACUGUGAAACAUCAGUCUGCUAGUGCAAUCUAAUUGCAGUUGCCUGCCUGCCAGCGUGUGGAACGGGACAUGGCUAGCUUGGUAUCCAAUCUUGUGCAAAUGGGGAGUUUGCGGUUGUGCAAAUGGACUGUUUGCGGUUGUUUGCGGUGCGUUAAAGGGACAGUCUAGACAGAAAUAAACAUUCAGGAUUCAGAUAGAGCAUGUAAUUUUAAACAAUUUUCCAAUUUACUUUUAUCACCAAUUUUGCUUUGUUCUCUUGGUAUUCUUAGUUGAAAGCUUAACCUAGGAGGUUCAUAUGCUAAUUUCUUAGACCUUGAAGCCCACCUCUUUCAGAUUGCAUUUUAACAGUUUUUCACCACUAGAGGGUGUUAGUUCACGUAUUUCAUAUAGAUAACACUGUGCUCGUGCACGAGAAGUUAUCUGGGAGCAGGCACUGAUUGGCUAGACUGCAAGUCUGUCAAAAGAACUGAAAAAAGGGACAGUUUGCAGAGGCUUAGAUACAAGAUAAUCACAGAGGUUAAAAGUAUAUUAUUAUAAAUGUGUUAGUUAUGCAAAACUGGGAAAUGGGUAAUAAAGGGAUUAUCUAUCUUUUAAAACAAUAAAAAUUCUGGUGUAGACUGUACCUUUAAACGGGGAGUUUGGUCUGUCACUGUGAAGCGGGCAUAACCCUUACACUACAUGAUCGAUACAACAUCAUACCUGAUGUUUUAAAGCACGUUAUUCCAAACAAUUUAGGAAUGUUAGGUGAUUUAUGCCCUUUAUGGCUUAAAACCAGACUCUGCAUCAACUAUGUAAUUUUCCAUGGGAGUUUUGCCAUGGAUCCCCCUCCGGCAUGCCAUAGUCCAGGUGUUAGUCCCCUUGAAACAACUUUUCCAUCACUAUUGUGGCCAGAAAGAGUCCCUGUUGGUUUUAAAGUUCGCCUGCCUAUUGUAGUCAAUGGCGGUUUUUAGGUUCGCAACAUCACUAGAUAUAAUAUCAUAAAACAAACUCAAGUGACAGCAAAUCUAUGUCUUAUUUAUUCAUAUAAGGAGACAAACAGGCAACGUUUAGGGACAAUAUCCCUUACUCAUGCCAUCAAUGGCAUGAGUAAUGUUCUGUAACUUGAUAUUAUGUCUGUUAGAUGAUUUCAUGUUAGUUAGAAGCCACAAGAACUGAUAAUAGCACAUACUGUAUAUAUAAAGGGAACAUUAUAUGUCUGAUAAAUCCCUUUGUAUCAAGAGCACAAGUGUUAGGUAUAUUUAUACCAUUGUGUGCAUAUAUCAUGUAAUGCUGCUGUUUACUAUAUAAUGAGAUACAAUGUUUUUCAUGCAAAUAAAAAGUGAUUGUAAUCCA